CAUCCGGCCGCGCCCUGCUCCGGGAUGGCGUUGGAAGCGGCGCUGGCGGCGGUCAAGGGGCGCGACGGGGCUGAGCGCGUCUUGAGCCGCUUCAAUGAGCAGAAUAGAGCGACUUUCAAGUUUGAACCCUCAGAUGAAGAAAAAAGAAAGCAACUAUGUGAAGGAAUAUUACAUCUAUUGGACAAAGAUAUAAAAACAUCAUGUAGAGUUACUUGUCUGGAAGCUCUUCGCAUUCUCUCAAGAGACAAGAAAGUCUUAGUUCCUGUAACAACAAAGAAAAACAUGCAGAUCUUGAUGAAGCUGGCAAAGUUGGUUACUGUGGAGGAUCCUUUGGAGGAUGUGACUGAUUUCCCUGUCAUAGUGGAAGCUUUAAAAUGCCUCUGUAACAUUGUAUUUAACAGUCCAGCCGCACAGAAACUUAGUCUGGAACUGAACCUGGCUGCUAUGCUUUGCAAUCUCCUGAAAAAAUGCAAGGAUCAACAAUUUGUCGAAGACAUUAAAUGCUUCGAUUUACGCCUCCUCUUCCUCCUCUCCCUUUUGCACACAGAUAUCAGGUCUCAGCUGCGUUAUGAUCUCCAGGGAUUACCACUGUUGACUCAGGCCUUGGAAAGUGCAUUUAGUAUAAGGUGGACAGAUAAAUACAUCACAGCUGAAGACCAGGAAAUGUCACCUUUGUCUCUGCAAGAGACAGAUUGUGCCAUAGAAGCACUGAAAGCUCUCUUUAAUGUUACUCUUGACAGCUGGAAUGUACACAGUGAGAAUGACUCUCAUGAAUUUCGUUAUAUGACUGCCAUUCUGCGUCACUGCUUAUUAACUCUGGGACCUACUGAAGACAAAACUGAAGAGUUGCACAGCAAUGCGAUCAACCUUUUAAGCAAUGUUCCAGUUUCUUGUUUGGAUGUCCUUAUCAGUCCAUCAGAUCAAGAGGAUACAGAGGGAACAGAUGUAAAAUACAAUGGCAUGAAUAUGGAUGCAAUUCAAGUGCUAUUGAAGUUCAUGGAGAAGAGAAUUGACAAGGGGAGUAGCUAUCGGGAAGGUCUCACUCCUGUUCUCAGUUUACUAACAAGAUGCUGCCGAUCCCACCGGAACAUCAGGAAGUUUAUCAAAGCUCAGGUGUUGCCUCCCUUGAGAGAUGUAUCUAAUCGUCCUGAAGUCGGCACAACACUAAGAAACAAAUUAGUGCGCCUUAUGACUCAUGUUGACCUAGGAGUGAAGCAAAUUGCUGCAGAAUUCCUUUUUGUUCUUUGCAAGGAGAGAGUUGAUAGCUUACUGAAGUACACCGGCUACGGCAAUGCAGCAGGGCUGCUAGCAGCAAGAGGCUUAUUAGCAGGAGGAAGAGGCGAAAACUGGUACUCAGAUGAUGAAGAUACAGACACUGAAGAAUACAAAUCUGCAAAGCCAAACAUUAACCUUAUUACAGGUCAUUUAGAAGAGCCGAUGCCCAAUCCAAUGGAUGAAAUGACCGAAGAACAAAAAGAAUACGAAGCAAUGAAACUUGUCAAUAUGUUUGAUAAGCUUUCUAGAGACAAGGUUAUAACCCCUAUGGGAGUGCGACCAGAUGGCACAAUGACCCCUUUGGAAGAUGUAGUGGGCCAGUAUCAAACCAACGAACAAGAAAGUUCAGACUCUGACUAAAGCAUCAACUACUUCAGUGUCUCCCCCACCUUUCCUUAAACUCACGACAUCUUUAAUGAUCUAAAUAUUAGACCCUUCACAUUAACCCUGUGUUGUAGCAACUGUUUUUUCAAUCAAAAUGUUUAAAUUAUAAAUUAUGUGGUGUAAUUAUAUUAGCGUUUCCAAGACCUCAGUUUAUAUAGCAAGAAAACCCCAGUUUGUUAACUUUACGGUAAUUGUAUUUCAGUGGGAUGAAAAGUGUGGUUGAACUUUUAAGGAGAUUAAAAUAUUAAUAUUUACCUAUGAUAUUUUCCCUUUUAUUUAAAGAAAACCUGCCUUAUUUCAGACCUCUAGUUAAAGGAAGGAAAUAGAAGGUCUAAUUAGAUAAAGAUAUUAUGAGAAAUAUUAAAUAAAUACUCACAGUAAAACUGUCAUGUUGAUUAAAGAAGCUACCCAUCAGAUGCAUUUAUUUAAUCAUUUUUUGCUUCAUUGUUCCUUACUAUCAUAAUGAAACUGUCUCCGAAGGACUACUGAGUCAGGUUUUACCAUUAAUAACAAAUGGGUUUUUAGUGUUUCGAUACUACUUAGGCUCCAGGUCAACUGAAUAUCUCCUUUGUCCGGAUGCUUUCAUUUGUUCCCAGAUCCAGCUUUGAGAGCAGGCUUAUACCCAAUGACUGCAGCAGGGCUGUCUACGUGGCACACCCUAGGGAAGCCUUCUAUAACCACUACCACCCCAGGCCUCGGCACGAUCCCAACCCCAUCACCAAUGACUGGCCUAAAAACAUGUGUCGGCCACAGCUGAUAGACUGGAGGGUUGGGCAGGUACCAUGUGAAACAUCCGUCUUCUGCCACUCAGUUGCCUUCUUAAAGGAUCUGUAUGAAAGUAGGCUCUAAUGCAUGAAGAUGUGGAUGGCAAGUUGUCUUGAAUUAUGUGGCAAGAAUCUAACUAUAAUGUUCAGAAGUGGAGGAUGUGUUGCAUUCUAUCAAUAAAACUUUAUAUACAAUUA